AUAUCGAUGGUAGGUUGUUAGUCGCGCUAGUUAUCCGUAGAACUUAAACGUUUUUGCGCCGUGACGUAGAAAACAAGUACAGUUGUGUGUGCAUACGUUAAUUAAAUAUAUGUAUAUUUUAUGAUACAUAGUAUCGAAGGCGUAGAAAUACAUUCCGUGAAAAUUCUUUUGUUUCUUUUUAAUGGAAUCAAAGGCGGUAAGUACAAUCACGCGGCAUAUGUAUAUAGUUGCACUACCUACAUGUGCGCGUUCUUUGUGUGUUACUAAACACGUGUUACGUUUCAUUGAAAAGUCCAAAGCAAAAUAUAUAAUGCAAUAAUUAAUGUAAUCGCAUCAUCCGAAUAAUGACUAUAUUAUAAUAGCAUUCUGAUUUUUGCAUCAUCAGGAUAUUAUAUAAAUUUUUAUAUAAAACGUAUCUUAGAAAGUAAUAUAAUUCUUAAAACAAUCGCAAUGGGGAGAAAAAGGAGACGGAAUACUUGUCGCCGGCAAAAGAAAUCUAUUACACAGAUUGAACAAGAUAUAUCUGUUAAUGAGAACUCAUUAAAGAAGGAAUAUAUCAAAAAUAAAUAUAAAGAAAUCCUAGGUUCCAAAGAACCUAUUGUUCUUCUAAACAAACUACCAAAAGAAGUGAUAUUAUUAGAUAGACUUAUAAAUCAAAAUUCACAAAAUAAUAUCAUUAAGCAAAAUUAUAAAAAGGAACCAGAACAUAGCAAACAAAAAUUAAACAGUGUCAAGCUUAUGCCUCAUAAACCAAAAGAAAGUAGAUCUAAAAAUCUAUCCAGUUCAUGGGGAAUACUACAUGAUACAGAUUUAAAAGAAAAAGCAUUGAGAAAUGAUAAAAAAUUAAACAUUUGUUUAAAUAAAAUUAAACUGUGUGAUAUAAAUUUAAAUAUUAUAAGCCCUUCUGAUAAAUUAAAAACUGUUCAUAAAAAUGAUUUGAAACAGAAAGCUCAACAUACCCAGGUUGGAAGAAAGCCUAAGACUACUAUAAAUAAUAAAGUUAAGAGUAAACAAAACCAAAAGAGUUACAGAAAUCUUGAUAUAAAUGAAAAUGAGAGCUCAUAUUAUGGAAGUUCAUUUUUUAAUUUUGAUAAUUUGUCACAUAGUGCUGUAGACCUUUCAGAUAGAAUUUUUGCUAAAAAUUAUAUAAUGAAUAAAUAUUUGGCAGAUGUAGAAAGAUCAAGCACUCUUAAUAAUAUUGUCAAAGAAACAAAUGAAUGUUGUAUGAACAGUGAAAAAGAAAAUUUAUCAUUGAAAAAUGUAGAAAAAGAUAUAACAAAUUCUGUAUGUGAUGCUCUUGAUCAAAAUGUGAAAAAAGUAAAGAAAUUACCAACCAUUAUUAGGGAAGAUAUAUUACCAAAAUACUCUGUUAAACUCAGAUUAUCAAAGCAGGAAGUAAGUCAGCCUUGUAAUGAGGGUGCUAAAUUUCAUAGCAAUGAUAUAAGUAAUGGAAUAAAUUUUCAAGAUUCUGGUUCUACAGUUGUUUCAAUGAAGAGUAAUAUUGCACAUAUAACUGAAUGUUUUGAGAUUAAUAAAAAACAAAGUUUAAAUUUAAAAAGAAAAAUUGUUAUACCCAAAAUGCAGAAAAAAAAUGCAGAUUUUGAUAAAGAUCUCAAUUAUCAAAAAACAAGAAAUGCAAUUAGUAAUGAAGAUUACAAUUUAGUCUGUAAUGGUGAAGUUGAUAAAGAAAACAAUAAAAAUACCUUAUUUUACAAAAAUACUUUAACAGAUUUACUUAAACAAAAUUGUUUAAACUUUGAUCAAGACACUAAUAGUCAGCCUUCAACAAAAAUAAAAUUGGAUAACAAUAAGUGGCUUCAAAAUUCUAUUAAUUUUGAAUUGAAUAAUAAUGGAAUAAUCCCUCAAAUGACAACAUCAAGUGGUUUAAAUAAUGUUGAAUUAAAUAGUGAAGAGGUAGUUACAGAAAUUGAUGAAACAAAGUCGAAAACGGAUAAAGGUAUUCCAGAUUUUAUGAAACAGAAUCAAAUUGAAAGUGUUGUGAGUAUUCAGGAUUGUAAUUCACUACAGAAUACAAAGGAACCUGAAGAAGUAGCAUCAAAUGAUUGUGAAUUACCUAAGAAGAAGCAGUAUCCAACCUCAGUAGAAGAAGAUGAUGAUGAUGAUGACCGUAUUUCUUUGUUUGCAGAUUCAGAAAUAAUAAAAGAGUAUGGUUGUUCAACUCCCUCCCCCGCACACGAAAAACCAUAUUAUAUGACUGAUAAGUCGUUUGAUAAUUAUUAUAAAAGUAACAAAUCUGAAUUCAAUGAAAUGUACGAAAAUAAUAAUGUAAGUAAUACUUCAAACGAAAUAAAAUUUCAACCAAGAUCGAAAUCAACAAAUUCAAGGAAGAAUACAGUAAACCAAAACUAUUUACUCAGGACUGUAUUUGCAGGAAGCUGUUAUAAAAUGAUACAGACUGGCAGAUGUUAUAAUAAUAUGUGUCAGUUUAGUCACGGUUUUCUGUAUACUAUGGAAUUAUUAUAUCGUCACGAGGAGCAAAUGUUCUUUCUCGUGUUAGAGGAAUUAGUAUCAAACGGUUGUAUACGUUUUAUUCAAAUAAUAUUUAAGGAGCUAGCACAUAAUUGUGCUUCUGACAUUUUUUACGUGAUAAAAAUAGUAAAAAGGUUAUUUGAAUUAAACAGUAUAACUAAUGAAAUAACAACUGAUAUCACUCAGCGCUUAAGAAUAACGAGAAGAUCUUUAAACAUAAUUAGCGAUCAAUUAGCCACUCUUGUAAACGAGUAUGAUUUCAAAUUUAUAAAUUGGAUCCUGAGUAUUUCACAAAGUUUUAUCGAAUCUGGUACAUACUGGGAUACUUUUAAAAGUUUACUGCUGAAAACAAGAUAUUUGGAACCACGGAUUAUAGAGAUUAUUUUACAAGAAUGUAUCGUUACAAGAAGACAUUUUCACGAUAUAAAUAUCAACAUUAUAUGUAAACUUGAAACCAAUGUUUAUUCUAAAAUAAAUAAACAAUUAUUAUUCAAUUUUAAUAAUUUAAUCAAAUGUAAUGAGAAUAAUUCGGGGAUAAAGCAAAAUGUUACAGCAGAAACAAAAACAUUACAGCAGAAAGAUAUUUCUUCCAAAACGAACAAAGAAGUAAAUAAUAAUAAUAAUAAUAAAAAUACAGGAAAUGAUCAAAAUGUAAUAAUUCGUGUUAAUAGAAAUUUUGAAACAUUUCAUAAGACACCUAUUUCUUCCGAAGCAAAUAAUGAAGAUGCAGAAAAUGAAAAUACUUGUUUAACAUUACACCCGAUAGAUGGUUUAGCAGAACCUUCUUCUGCACUAGGAAGGCGAAAAUUUGUUCCUUUUUAUCAAGAAGUUCACAGGCUUCAGGAAGGACUUGAGAAUAAUGAUUAUGAUCGUGUUAUGAAAAUCCUUAAUUCAGUUCAAAAAAAUCAAGGAACGCUUUUUGCAAAUGCAUGUUACCAAAUUUUAUCCAAAAAAAUAAUCCGUUCUCACCACCAUCUGAGUAAACUGAUUCCACACACAGUCCGAACUGGGGCAACAAGAGUACUGUACAAAAUACUGCUUGAAGUAGCAAUUUCCAUCUUGGCCCAUCUGACUGCAGAAAAUUACUGGGUGCUAGCGUAUACAUUGCUUAAAAAUGUAUAUGUUUUGUUAAAAUACAAAAUUAAUGUACAUCGAUUAGAUGCGACAACUAUUAUGCUUUUUGCGGAGAUUUAUUUAGCAAAUCAACAACCCAUAAAAGCUUUAAAAUUACUCAAACAGAGUAAUAUUAUUCUCGGUUGCCGUUCUCAGUGGAAUGUACGAAGUACAGAACAGGAUAGUUAUUUGAGAACACAAGUAAUAUCUUUACUAUUAGAUGAACUUUGUGAACUGUUUCCAGAACAUGCAUUUACUCUUUUUAGGAUUCUAAUCACUGAGCAGUUCAGUAACUUCUAUCCAAUAGACCUUGCGAGUUUCGCAAAUAAAAUCGUAUCGGUACUCAUACAAAAAGAAUAUUACGAAUACGUUAUAGAUGCUGGAAUAUUAGUUGAUGAUCAAUCUUUUACAUUAAAUACAAUUACAUUUCGGGCACUGAUUGCUAUAUUAGUUAAUCUGGAUAUGCAAUUAGCUAAACAAUUGUACCAAAAAGCAAUGAAUUUAGGAAUAUAUUCUAGACCUCGGUUUCAGCCAAUAACAUUCCUCAUCAUAGAUUCGGACUGGACAAGCGAAGAAAUGUAUCUUGGGAUUUUUAAUUUAAUGAAACAACUCUUAUUAAAUAUUGGACACGCAAUCGAGCGUGUUUCUUCGAGACAGUUGUCGGUAUAUCUUAUUUUUGAGAGCAUCCCCUUAGAAAAUCAACUUAAUUAUGAUACCGGAAAAAAUCAGUGUAAUAAAACGGUCGAAGCAAGCAGGUUGCUAAUGCAAAAAAUGUUACAACAAAAAUUUGAUCCGCCUAUUUCAAUGAUGAAAACAGCUAGAGACAAAGUAUGUAGACUAAGUAAUAAAAGCGUUUUAGCGUAUUUGCAAACUGAGCAUUAUGAAUAAUGUAACUCUGCAUCUUUGUAAUUUAUAAUCGGGAGU